GAUAGUAAAGUCUUUUCAUGCAGGAAAAACAAAAUGCUGGGUGUCUCAUAAAAUUUCAAAACCUGAUUUCAAAAGGAUCACAACAAAAAGGAAACAAAAUUCACCAUGGUGGACUCUUCUACAGGUUAUACUUCUUAAUGGAAUGUUUCUAUGUAUCAGUACCAUCAACAUGAGGAAAAAAGGAGUUUUGUUGAUUUGAACUUUGAUGUAGCACUCAUAUUGAAGACUUUAUGCUAAUGAUACCACCUAAAGAAAAAUGAGCAGGCAAAAUUGCUGGAUUUGUAAAAUGUGCAGAAAUGGAUCUAAGAGACUACCUUCAAGCCUUACCUUGGAGGAAGUGUUACAGUGGGCCCAAUCUUUUGAAAAUUUGAUGACCACAAAAUAUGGUCCAGUAGUCUAUGCAGCAUAUUUAAAAAUGGAGCACAGUGAUGAGAACAUUAAAUUCUGGAUGGCAUGUGAAACCUAUAAGAAAACUGCCUCACGGUGGAGCAGAAUUUCUAGAGCAAAGAAGCUUUAUAAGGUCUAUAUCCAGCCACAGUCCCCUAGAGAGAUUAAUAUUGACAGUUCUACAAGAGAAACUAUCAUCAAGAACAUUCAAGAACCUACUCAAACAUGUUUUGAAGAGGCUCAAAAAAUAGUGUAUAUGCAUAUGGAGAUGGAUUCCUAUCCCAGAUUUCUGAAGUCAGAAAUGUACCAGAAACUUUUGAAAACUAUUCAGUCCAACAAUUCCUGACUACCACCCAAAUCUUUAAAUUGAAGAUGGUAUCUUGUAAAUACUGACUUUGGUCUUUUAAUUUAGAAAAACAGAAAAUCAAAAGUAAGUAGGAAUAAAACAGAAAUCAAGCUAUAAAUUGAUUUCUACUCCCCAAAGGGACACAGAUUCCAAAAACAACUCUAAAACUCCUAUAAAUAACACAAAUAUAGCAUAUCUAUAUAGCUCAGCUAAUAUAUAAGUAAAAGGAAGAUCUUUCUUCAUGACACAAAUAUGUUUUCUAUAAUAGUCAACUGUUUUCUUAUUAAUGUUUCUUAAUAGCUGUUUUCUGACGAGAUCAGGCAUGUUCAGGAUGGUAUGGUCGUAAACAAUAGCUGUUUUCUUAUUAACAAAAUUUUGUUAUAAUGAUAUGACAGAAAAUUAUUCCUUUAAAAAAUUUAUCUCUGUGAAUCAUUUCUCUAGCAUGAAUGUAUUCUACAAGUAGAGUGUUCUUAAUAACUUGAAUUAGUAAACAAUAAUACAAAAAGUAUACUUAUCAUGAGCAAUAUUAAAAAGGUAUAUUCUUGAGAAAUAGUCUAUCAGUAAAAUUUUCCUAAUAUGUCCAUAAUUAACCUUCUAGAUCACAUAUAUUUUCUACACAUAAAACUUUGUGAUGAUUCUAAGCUCUUAAAAAUGUAUAGUUUUUUUGCUUUAUUGUUGCACUUGCAUUUCUUUAAGGUUAGAAACUUUACUUCCUAUGUUUUGAGUUUUUUCCUAUAACAUGAAUUUAUUGUG